GCUUCACAUGACAGGGUCGACAACAACUGCCUUAUAAAACAAGUUAAAACCGGUAACCGGUGUCUCCCAUAAUAGAAUUGAUGUUAACAUCGCUCAGAGGUCAAAGUGCUCUUACAGAUAGCGUUAAUUAUGUCAGCCACGGCCUCUUCUGCUGACCAGAAGCUGACAGGACUAGUUGCAGCAACGUUUGCACCAUUUACCACAGAAGGCGAACUCAACCUGUCAGUGAUUGGACCUUAUAUUGACUACUUGAAAGACAAGCAAGGCGUAAAGAGCAUUUUUGUAAAUGGCUCCACUGGAGAGGGCAUGUCUCUCAGUGUGGAGGAGAGGAAGACCUUGGCUCAGGAGUGGUGUCAGAAAGCCAAGGGCAAAAUGGAUCACGUGAUUGUGCAUGUCGGCUGCAUGAGUCUGAAAGAUUCCCAAGAACUGGCUCGCCAUGCAGUAACAAUCAAGGCUGAUGCCAUUGCGGUCAUUUCCCCCUCCUACUACAAGCCCAGCAAUGCAGAUGUGUUGAGGUCAUACCUUCAGGAAGUGGCUUCAGUUGCCCCAACGCUACCCUUCUAUUAUUACCACCUUCCAGCUGUCACAGGUGUUAAUGUGCCAGUGAGAGAUUUGUUGGUAGGGAUUAAGGAGCGUAUUCCCUCGUUCAGAGGUGUGAAGUUCAGUGGGACAGACCUGAUGGAUUUUGGCCAAUGCGUCAGCCAAAGUCAUUCUGACUGGUCCUUCCUCUACGGUGUGGACGAGCAACUGCUUGCAGCUCUGGCUCUUGGAGCAGAUGGUGCAGUUGGCAGCACAUAUAACUACAUGGGCUGUCAGGUCAACAAGCUCAUAUCAGAAUUUGGGAAAGGCAACCUCGUGGAAGCCAGGAAAAUACAGUUCAAGGUGCAAGACCUGAUCAGUUUUGCCAUACAACGUGGCGUUGAUCUGGGAAUGUUCAAGCAGCUGAUGAUAGAGCUGUCGGGUUUGAGUCUCGGGCCCCCUCGACUCCCUGUGAAGACGUGUCCUCCUGCUGACGUUACGCCCAUCGUGGAGAAAUAUCGCAGCGUUUUUCCUGAAGAAUGUCCUGGUCAGACUGGAUUGUAGAAAUCCUUCAGUGACUCAGCACAGCAAGUCUGAUUGAGACGUUUAGACAUUAAAUCAAACCUUACCGUUAAAUAAGUAAUACUUUAAAAAUCUAAUCUUUUAAUUAAUAUUUUUAUUUUUUUCGAAUCAGUUUUUAUAAUUUCACAAAACUCAUAAAAUGACUAACUCAAAAUGUUCAGAGGACUUUGGCAAUUUUGCUAUACUACUUUUACAAAUUUCACAAAUUUGCAUAGUUAUCUUAUACUGUUUGAGCUGAAUCUCAUUUUAGGAGUUUAAGUACGUAAGCAUUGUUUUCAAGACAUGAGUCAUUACAUUCAUAAAAAAAUUAAAAGUGACCAGAGUGAUCAAAAAUAGGAAUUAGAAUUGCCACAACUUCACUAAAUCAUUGUUUUUAUGGCUCAGGUUGUCAAAUGUUUUGCUUUCAGCCAUAAUUACCACCAGUGAAUUGUUUUUGGACUUUAAGAUGACAUACAAGAGGGGCAUUAUUGAAAUGAACACUGUUUCAUAAAAAAAUAACACUCCAGUAAAGAGAAAAGGUUUAAAAACAUCUGAGAUGUUAAAAGGGAACAUAUAACUCUCGCAAAUGGGAUUCAGCCUUUUUUUGAAGGUAAAUUUUAUACUGUUAAUACUGUGAUUACAAAUUUCUUAAUGAUGUUUUAAAUGGAAACAUAAUAUGAAAAGAAGAAUCUUUAUGUUUUAUUGUUAAAAAAUGUUUUUACUAUUAUGCAUUGAAAUUGUUCACACUGAUUUAUGUCUCUUUUUUAUGUACUGUUGCUGAAAAGAUUUUAAAAUCACAUGUUCUGAUUAUGUGUAAGAGAAAAACCGUGGAGGAGAAAGUGAGAAUGUCUCAUGCCUGUGGCGUGUAAUCGGCUGGGAAUUUUAUGUUGUCUGUUACUUGUUUUUUGAUUUUUUGUACUUGCACUAUUAUUUGUAUUAGUUGACAAUAAAACUGAAAAGAAAA